AUGUCUCAGAAACUCAAAGUAAUUGUUAUUGGGGCUGGAGUUUCAGGAAUUACAACUGCUCUGAUUCUUCAAAGAAACGGUUAUCAAGUUAGAAUUCUUGCCGAACAUUUUCCUGGCGAUUCGAGCGUUAACUACUCAAGUCCGUGGGCGGGCGCUGACUGGAGACCCGAACUCACUUGUGAUCCAGACAUUUCCAAAUUUGAGACGAUUUCAUUCAAGACUCUAUGGAAUUUGUCCAACUUUCCUGAAACUGGACUGAUGCGUUCACCAAGCGUUGUUUAUUUAGAUAAAAAACAAAAGAUAGAUGGCGAUCCUUGGUUCAAGAAUUUAGUUCCAAAAUUUAUCGAUGCCGGUGGUAAAUUAAAAAAGGUUCAUCUUUCUCAUAUCAAUGAGGCUCUCGAUGAAGAUGUGGAUGUGGUGGUAAAUUGUACUGGAAUUGGCGCGCGUACACUUGGUGGCAUAGAAGACAAAGCUGUAUUUCCUACAAGAGGUCAAACUGUAAUCGUUUGGGCUCCGCAUAUUAAAAACGACUUUACCAGAGAAGGUACCGAUUACAUUACCUAUAUCAUUCCUCGUCAAGAUGGUGUGGUGGUCCUUGGUGGAGUUAUGGGUGUAAAUGAUUAUAACGAGAAACCUGAACAAAAAACUGCCGAAUCAAUCAUUCAACGCUGUACAGCACUUUGCCCUGAAUUGACAUUGGGAAAGGAAUACUUACAAAUAAUCAGCAAUAAUGUUGGAAGAAGACCAUCCAGAACUGGUGGAUUAAGGAUCGAAAGCGAA